UCACCCGCCUGCCUGAACUCCCCUCCUCCACUAUAUGUGCACAGGUGGUGUGUUUUGUCUUUUAGUGAAGACGGCCUCCUGUUGACAUCAUCGACAGGGGACUCCGCCUUGCUCCCCUGAGGUAUAAAGGAGCUCUUGUUUCCGUGGCAGCAUCCCAUAGCUUCAUCACACCCUCCUACAGGUGCUCAGACUUUUCAAGGAAGCCUGAACAACAGAGGAGAAUCUUUACAACGAUCUGCGGAAUCACUAUUUAAGUUUUGUUCGGUCAUCAGACGUGCCAGCAUGUCGAUGGGCAUGGAGAUCGUGGGCAUAGCCCUUGGAGUCCUUGGUUUUAUCAUUGCAAUAGUGACAUGCGCCCUGCCAAUGUGGAGGGUUACAGCUUUCAUCGGAGCCAAUAUCAUCACUGCUCAGACCAUCUGGGAAGGUUUAUGGAUGAACUGUGUCACCCAGAGCACUGGCCAGAUGCAGUGCAAGAUCUACGACUCAAUGCUGGCCUUGCCUCAGGAGCUGCAGGCCUCCAGAGCGAUGACAAUUGUCUCCAUCAUACUUGGGGUGCUGGGGGUCAUGAUCUCCAUCGUCGGCGCCAAGUGCACCAACUGCAUUGAUGACGAGCCAUCCAAGGCCAAAGUGAUGAUCAUCGCUGGAAUCUUCUUUAUCCUCGCCGGCCUUUUGGUCCUGAUCCCCGUCUCCUGGACAGCCAGCGUCCUCGUCCAGGAUUUCUACAACCCCUUGCUGAUCAACGAGCAGAAGAGGGAGCUGGGUGCAUCGCUCUACAUCGGCUGGGGGGCAGCCGUCCUGCUCCUGAUUGGUGGAGCAAUGCUGUGCAGCAGCUGCCCACCAAAAGAGAAGCAGUACAAGCCGCCCCGGAUGGCCUACUCUGCCCCGCGCAGCGUCAGUGCAGGCGGAGGCUAUGACAGGAAAGACUAUGUUUGAACUGUGGUCUCAUGUUUGAACAGAUUGAAUUGGAAAAUAGGAUAAAAUUUAGUUUUGGUUACACGUGAGUUUAUCUGUGUUGUGUUUUACUGUUUGAAACCACAGGGUGAAUCCCCACAAAAGGACUCCGAGAUGAAGAUGUGUGUACAAAUUUUGAUCUUUCUGCUUUGCCUUUUGCUGACGUUCAUUUACAUUAUCUUAAUGUCUUUGCACUGCUUUGAUCCAGCAAGUGUGUCUCGUUUAAA